AUGCAGUCCGACGAGGUCAUUUGGCAGGUCAUCAACCAUCAGUUCUGCUCUUACAAAGUCAAAACCGUCACUCAAAACUUCUGCCGGAACGAAUACAACCUUACCGGUUUCUGUACGCGCCAGUCCUGCCCUUUGGCCAACUCGCGCUAUGCCACCGUCCGCGAGAAAGAGGGUGUGUUGUAUUUGUACAUGAAAACGAUUGAGCGGGCGCAUACGCCUGCGAAUAUGUGGGAGAGGGUACGGUUGAGCAAUAACUAUGAGAAGGCGCUGGAGCAGAUCGACUCGGAACUCAUCUACUGGCCCAACUUUAUCACGCAUAAAUGCAAGCAGAGGAUCACCAAGAUUACGCAGUACUUGAUGAAGAUGCGGAGAUUACGCAUGGCACAGCAACCCAAAAUGGUCGGUAUCAAAAAGAAGCUCGACCGGCGCGAGACCACGCGGGAGCGCAAAGCCCUUGCGGCGGCGCACCUCGAAAAAUCCAUCGAAAAGGAGCUUCUCGAGCGACUCCGGUCCAAGGCGUACGGAGACGCUCCGAUGAAUGUCAACGAGGACGUAUGGCGCCAAGUGCUCGACAUGGACCGGCGUAAGGAGAAGGGCAAGGAGAGGGAGCUGGAGGGCGAGAUGGAGAUGGAGGAAGAGGAGGAGAUGGUGGAUGAUGAAAGUUUGUAUGAUGAGGAUGAGUCGGACGAUGGGGAGGAUGGAGAGGAAGGGGAGAGUGGGGAUGAGGAGGAUGUGUGGGGCGGGAGGGAGAUAGUGGAUAGUGAGGAUGAGUCGGGGGAUGAUAUGGAGGAUUACAUGAGCGAGGAGGGCUCAGGAAGGGACUUCCCAUCAGACCUGGACGUCGGAGAUGACGACGACGAAGAUGGAGAAGGGGACGACGCGCCAAAGGCGGCCGCAAGACCCAAAGCGGGCCCAUCGGUGGGUACGAAGCGGAAGCAGCCACCCACGACGAGCAAGAAGGGGCCCUCGGCGAGCAAGAAGAGGCCACAGGUCGAGGUCGAGUACGAGGUGGAGACGGAGCCGCUGUCCAAGGAGAUGCUGCGGAACUGGUAG